AUGAAUCCCAACCAGACGAUUAUCAAAUACUUCAUCAUAAAAGGGAUCACUGAGGUCCCAGAGAUUCAGCUUCUCAUCUUCCUCCUGGUUCUCCUCAUCUAUCUCAUAACCCUUGGGGGUAACAUAACCCUUCUCUUCUUAGUCUAUCUUGAUCAUCGCCUCCAUACUCCUAUGUAUUUUCUCCUAGGUAACUUGUCUGUAGUGGACAUAUCUUUUUCAACAGUCACUCUACACAAGAUCCUAUUAAGUUUCGUCACCCAGAAUAAAGCCAUUUCUUAUAUUCCUUGCAUGAUACAGAUGUACAUGUUCGGUUCUUUGACAGGUCAUGAGCUGUUAAUGCUGACAGCUAUGAGCUACGACCGCUAUGUGGCCAUCUGUAACCCUUUACGAUAUCACAUGGUUAUGAAUACUACAACCUGUACCCUAUUAGCUUCUGUCUGCUGGGUUUGGGGAUUUUUACAAGUCAUUCCACCAGUUGGGAUCAUGUGUAGCUUCUCUUGCUAUUUAUCCAAUGAAAUCAACCACUUUUUCUGCGACAUUGUUCCCCUGAUGAGAAUUUGCUGUAACGACACAUCUUUCUUAAAAAAGUUGAUCUUCAUAGAAGGGCUGUUAGUCCUUAAUCUGACUCCAUUUAUUCUCACGUUUCUUCCCUACAUUUUUAUAAUUAACACCAUAAUGAAGAUACGAUGUAGCAUUGGAAGACGCAAGGCUUACUACACGUGUUCUUCUCACCUGACAGCGUUCAUCUUGCUCUACGCGACCCUUGUUGGACAAUAUCUGACACCAAACCUAAACAGCACCUUAGAAUCUAAAAAAUGUUUUGCUCUUUUCAACACGGCCGCUGUCCCAAUGUUAAAUCCUCUCAUCUACAGCUUGAAAAAUAAAGAUGUGAAAAAAGCUAUCAAAUGGAGCUUGGGAAACAUGAAAAGAUAUUUAUCGACAUGCUCUACGUAUUUUUUUUAA